CUCCGUCUACUGCUUCUCCUUCAAAUGAGUUCCAAACUACAAGAAACCAUAAGAGCCUUAUUCAUCUAUGGAAAGCUUGAUUAAGCAAACGAGACGAAAAUUUGCUGGUACACGACAGGAAAAUAAAGAGAGCAGAGGCACAGUAGAAAGGAAAAUACCACCUCAAAAAACUCUACUCUCUGGAGAGAGGAAAAGAAGCCAGAGCUGGUUAAGACAGUUUUCUAGACAAAUGAGUUGGGAAUACGAUUUCAGUGCUCUUGAUUACCCCACUGCGGUUGCAGCAGCAGCUUAUGCUAUUCAAUCACUGGAAGAAUCAAAGUCCCGGGAUCAGAACUUGACAACUUAUGGCCCUGACAAGUCCUUGAACAAGAUGAGGAGCAGAGCUGAAGACACUGAGGAAACUUUGAGGAGAAAUUACAAGGAUCCCGAUAUCAAGAUGCCAAUAAGCGCCUCCAGGAGUAAAAAGAUGACUGAAAAGGCAGCGGACCCAGGACCACCCAGCAAGGACAAAAUAAGCUUUGUUGAUACCAACAAAACUACUAGUAAAAAACCUGCCAAUUCAGCUGGUCAGAUGGCUCCUGAACGUGCCCCAUCCAUGGGAAGGCCACCAACUUUUGCAGAUAAGCAUUUGGAUAUCGGUGAAAGUGAAAAGCCUGAGACCCCUCAGCCAAAAUCUGAUAGUCCACCCACCAGAUGGUCCACGACUCAACCAGUUGAUCCAAGAAGGCAAACUGCUACAAAACCUGGACCGGCAGAUUCUAUGGCAGAUGCUUGGGAAAAAGAAAAGAUGGCAAGCAUUCAAGAACGGUAUGAGAGGCUGACGGCCAUCAUUGAUGACUGGGAGAUUAACAAGAAGAAAAAGGCGAAUCGCAAAAUGGAAAGGAUAGAGGCUAAACCGGAGAAUAAAAGAGCAGAGGCUGUGCAGAGACACCAGGAGGAGAUAAAAAGAAUAGAAGAAAUUGCAGGAGGAGCCAGGGCACAGGCAGAGAAGAAUCGCAGAAAGGAGGAGCUCAAGGUGAAAGAGAAAGCAAAUAAAAUCAGAUCAACAGGGAAGCUCCCAGCAACAUGCCUGUGUUUUUGAAUUACCAGUCCAAGGGCUUUCUUUGAUUAAAAGAAAGUGAUGAAAAUUGUAAAUGA